AUGCCUUUUACUUUUGAGCAGAUAGACUUAUUUUAAAAAAUUAUAAAGUAGAGCGAACAUAAUGAGAAUUCAGUAUCUACAUUUGCUAAAUAAGACCUUUAUCUAACUACCCAUUACAUCUUAGAAAAAAAACCUUAUUUAAGGACUACAAGUGAGUUAAAAUAUUUGAUUAUGAUGACAAAAAACUAGAAGUUUAUCAAGGAAAUAAUAUUACAGUAGGACGGAUAAGUGGCAGUCUACGAAAUUUGUAGAAAAUAUUAAGUUAAAAUCUCAAAGAAAGGGGAGUAUAUUUUUAUGCAAGGAUAGCCAAAGAAAUGCUUUAUUAUGAUACUAAGUGGUGAAGCUUAGAUUGUUUAGGAUUCUGAUAAUUAAAGCUAAUUCAAUUAAGAAUAAUUGAAUAGCUUAGGAUAAGGCUCCAUAGUAGAAUUACCUUUGAGGGGAGCUAAUUUUAAGAGAAACUCAAAAUAAGGAGAACUACAGAUUAAAAUUGAUAUUGAAAAUGAAGAAGUUCAUCAAAAUUCUUUAAUUUGCUAAACAGAAUGCUCGUAUUUGAUUUUAUAGAAAGACAAUUUAGAUAAAAUAAUGUCAGACUUCAAGCAAAGGAUUAAAUUCUUUGAGGAACUUUCGCAGAUGAACUUAUUCAAAGGGUGGAACAAAAACUAAAUUAGGAUGAUUCAAGAUUGUUUUUUUGAAAAACAAUAUGCUAUAAAUAAUGUAGUAUACAAAGAUGGUGAUGAGAGCAACUAUCUAUACUUAGUUAAGGAAGGUGAAUUUGUUCUUUAGAAGGUUAUAGAGGCAAUAGAUGAAGUUAAGGAGGCUGAAAAAAAAGAAAUUUAAUCCAUGAUUCAUAAUAUCUAACAAUAAAAUAAAAAGAGAUAUUUAUUGAAAAAUUAAGAGUCACAUCUUACAGCUAUAGAGAAGUAAUUAAAAAGCAUUGAUCCCUAAGACAGCCCUACAGAAAUUACUUUUGAGGAUUAAAUUAGGAAGAAAAGGAUUAAGAAAGGCGAGCUUAAAAAAAUAAAAAUUAUCUCUCAAGGUGAGACAUUUGGAGCAGAAGAAUUUUUAUCAUUAUUAAUAGAUCCAGAGCAAAGGCAGUCUUUCUAAUCAAGUUUGGUUCAAAAAAGAUAACUAACAGCAUCUUGUUCUAGUGUUACAGGUGUCUUAUAUGUGAUACAUGUUAAAGACAUAUUCUAAAAGAUUGCAAAAAGUGAAGAACUUCUUCCAAUGCUGCUAAAAUCUCUUAAAUAAAAGAUUUUAAGCUCAGAAAACUAAGUUAAUUUAAUUAAAAAGCAAAAGCAUAGGACUCCAUAAGAAUUGAAUGUUGCUAAAAAUUUAUAUCUAAAUACCGAGGAAGAAGAAGAGAUAAAAGAUUCAGAUAAAAAUGUUUUGAGAAAUUAUGAUUUUAAUGAAUUUAAAAUAGAGAAACGUAUCGUAUACCCUGAUGAAAGCAAUAAAAUAAAUUUAUCUGAUAACAAGCAAAAAUCUAAUACCCAUCCUAAAUCAGAAAAAAUCCUACUCUUAUCUUCUGUUAUUACUCAAAAGAAAAAGAAAAAAAAUCAUUACAAAGUAAGUGAAAUAGUAGCCAGAAUUGAAAAACAAGAAAUGGGUAAGUAAGAAAGUAUUUCAAAGGAUUAAAUAGAAAAAUAAGAUGAAAAUAACAAAAAAUACUAGAGAGCAUCUAAAAAAAAGUCUAAUACUGUAGUCAUACUUUCCACUUAGUCUUCAUCAGAAGCUCAGCUAAUUCAAAAAGCUGAAAAAAAGAGCCUGACAAAUAAUGAUUCACUAAAAAAUUUAAAAUAAAUAAUUUCAGAGAGUCAAAUUAGCUCAUAGCUUCCAAAAUCAAAGUAUUCCCUAGCGAAUUUAGAAUCAAACUCUUCUUUAGCUCACUUAUAAGUUGAGGAAGAGAAAAGCAAACACAGUUUAGAUUAAUUAAUUGCUUUUGGGAAAAAAAUUAAUUAAAAAGCUCAGCAAAGUAGUAACGAAGAUUUAAGUCCAGUAAAGUCUCCAUCAAAUAGUUAAUAAAGGAUAUUUAGUGUAGAUAAAUUCCCUAUACGUUAAUUUAGAAAAAGUAAUAACUAAAUUGAAUAUAAAUUUGAAUUGCAGUAAUAAAAUAACAGUCUGUAAAAGGUUCUUCAGUCUCCCCAAGAGCAAAUAAUAUAAUAAAAUAUAAAUUCCUCAAUUCAUUCUCAUCAUAAUCAUGAAAAUAUUUUCCAAAAUUAAAAUCCCAUCAAAAAGAAAUUUGCCUAACUUCAGAAAAUGGAUUCUUUUAAUUCAAAUAAUACUAAUUCUCCAAAAUCUUUUUAUGCUCAACCAAUCUUAAAAGCAGAUAGUCAAGAAUAUAUUUAAGGGCUUGAUUCACCAAAGACUGUCACAUCACUGCUUUCCCCAAAAAGCCUAAGCUAAUUUGAUUAAAAUGAUAGAUCAAAGUUCUUCUAAUAUAGUAAGCCUAAAACACAAAAUAAAAUAAAUAAUGAAAAUAAUACUAUAAAAACCUCCCAAACUUUAUUAAGUUUUAAACCAUAAAAUAAAACUAUUAGCUAAAGUGUUGUACUAUAAUCUAAAACUCAAAAUAAAUUUAAAUUCGAAAAUUAACUGAGCUAUAGUAAUUUUGAUGAAAACAGAGUUUCAAAUAGUAACACAAAAGAAGUAUUUAGCUAGACCCAUAAUAUCAUGUCAUCUUAAAAAGGUGAUUAACAAAAAAUCUAAAAUUAGUAAUAAAUAUCUUUUUAGAAUCAUAGAAAACUAAGUUCACCUAAUUUAAUAUCAAGAAGUAGCUUUUUACCUCUCAAAUAUUAUGCUUCAUAGAUAUCGAAUUCCUAAACAAAAUUAAAUUUCAUUCCAAAAAUAUUAAAGCACCAUACCAAAGAGGCUCUUUUUAAUGAAUUUAAAUAAUUUACUUUAAGUGUUAAAAAUUAAAAAACUAAAACAGAAAGCUGA